AGCUGCUGAAAAGGGAAAAAGCAGAAAAUAAAUAGCAUCAGAGACAGGGAGAAAGGAGCUUUAGUCUGACUACUGAAUGCAUUAUGUGCAAAUCGUGCAGCUGCUGACAACAUGGCUGUGGAAGCAGUUCAUUGCAGUCGAAACUCAAAUGAUAUCGAUCAUCCUGCCUGCACGGACAACAUCAACUUAAACCUCAAGGGGGAGAAUAGUGACUCGACCUUUGCUAAGGACACAUCAAAAGUUCCAGAGCCCAAGGGAACUCCCAGGAAGCUGCAGACGGAUCCCGAUACACCCAAGCCCAAUAUUGUGAAAUUAACAAAGCCUGUUGCAUUUUGGACUCAGCAUGACGUGUGCAAAUGGCUGAGGAAGCAUUGUCCCAACCAGUAUCAGCUCUACAGCGAUUCCUUCAAAGAACAUGAUAUUACUGGUCGUGCUCUGCUGAGACUGACAGAGAAAAAGCUGGAGCGAAUGGGAAUCACCCAAGAGAGUCAGCGGCAGCACGUCCUUCAGCAAGUCCUCCACCUGAAAGUUCGAGAAGAAGUCCGGAACCUCCAGCUGCUUACACAGAGUAAGAACUGCUCUUUCUCUUUGCCUUCAGCCUCAAUGGAAAAUCCAAAGAAACUCUCUGCCGUACAGUUGUAAUCUGGGUAUAAUGCGCCCUUUGUCAGCAUAAAUUGUUUUAUAAGUGUCUUUUAUAAAGGAAAGCUGUUCCCACUGCAGAGAACAAUGUGUAAAUAAGGGUGCUGAACUGGUCGCUUGGCAGGGUACAUUUUGCUUUGAUUCACAGUUGCGUUCUGGCAGUUUAAAUGUCAAGUUGCUGAGAUGGAAGCAGUUUGACCAUGUUCUGGAAUCAGAAAUGUACCAUUGUGCUUCAUACAUAGGUUUUACUGUGUCUCUCAUGUUCCGUGAGAUGAGGAACCAUGGGGAACCUUAGAGAGGGGUUAAACUGCCAACUGAGCAGAAAUAUAUUCACCUCUUGAUAUGUCCAUUAAAACUAAGGUGUCAUGUCCUUUAAACAUUGCCAGGUAUUGUAAAUGUUAUGGUGCUGCUAGUCUGGAACCUGAAUACCAAUCUGGUAGAAAGUCUGUAGGUUCUUUUUUGAUCUAUAUUGCUUUGUCAGUCUACUGGCAUCACAGAGAAACUGGUGGGCAUGUAUAUGUUUUAUAUCACAGCUCUAACCCAGAGAAAAAUACAUUCUUUGGGUCUCCAUUAAAUACAGGUAAUUUAAAGAAAUUAGCUUCUGUUAGUAUAGAAUAUUAAAGGGGAACUCCACCCACAACACAACAUUUUGGGAAAUAAACAUAAU